UCCCGAAGCUCCUGAAUAAAUCUCUCGAUGUUCUGGUGGUUCUCUGGCAUAAAAAAUAUCCAAUUCUAAAAGUAAAAAUAAGCGAACACAAAUGAUUUUACCUUCCAUAUCUAAUUGUUGUUCUCUUAAACGUCUGUCUUCAUCUGUCGGUGACAGCUGAUCAAAUCCACACCAAACAUCCGUCCCGUGACUUCACUCCAGGAUGGAACACAAUAUCAAGAAGGUUGAGCGUUGAUUCAGUCAUGCCACUCGUUUCUAGUGGCUCUAGCAGUUGGUACCUGUCAUCAAUUGACGUCAUGUCGGGCGAGAAUGUUAGUCCCCAAAAUGAUACAAUUUCUCGUGUGAAUGGUGACCCUGGGAAUCUGUCAGUUGUUAAACACACGACUGACAGCAAGGACAAUAAAUUUUAUGGAGUUUUGUUCCUCGGUGCAGUCACAGGGAUGUCUGCAAUCAUCGGAUUCGGCUCGACAGUUGCAGCUGUACGAAAGAAAGACCCCAAGUACUUCGAACAAGGUGUGGUCGGGGUCAGGGGCUCCACCGAAGCAGGGGUCACCCUCGCGAUGAGGGCCCUGGGAUGGGGUACCGUGUACGCUGUCACUGGGUGCAGUUUGCUAUUCUACGGUAUCUGGAAAUUAUCGGGGGCGACUAAUGCCCGUGAAUUCCGGAAUAAAAUGGGGUCGAUUCUACCCAGAAUAUCUAAGAACAAUCCACCCCAGAGUAGAACUGAAUUUGAGGGUCUCAAUGAUCUCCUGACUUAUAUCUCAGAGGAAUGGGGCAAGGAGAAGUCCGAGGAUAGCAGUAAAUGAUUGUUGAUGGAUGAUUGAUGAUUGUCUGUAUAUACUUAAUGAUUAAUCGUUACUUAUUUUAAUUCUACAAAGUUGUUGAGGGUUCGACGAUUUGUACAAAACGUUUCAAUAAAGAUAUUGAUUGAUUUUUUUUAUUAAA